UGGAUCCGUGACUUGUCUAUUUCCUAGUUAUUGCGCAUAUUUGGUGAAAAGGUUUGAACCAAGCAACCAAAGGUUUAAACUCAACUGUAAUGGCGCAAGCAAGCAAUGUUGCUGUGACGUUCUUCGUUGGUCUGGUGGUUGUCGGUGUUGGCCUGUUUCUGGAGAUCGUUGGGUUGUCGACGCCAGAGUGGGCUGUGUACCUACAUACUACAGCAGGCCUGUGGGCGGCCUGUGCUAUGGGAAAAUGUGUUAGCUAUACAACAAAGUCAAGAGAGAUAGAGGUGUGUGAAGCUUUUGCUAUCCUCGGUACUUUGGCGGCCGUAGCUGCUGUUGACUUAGCUGUUAUCUAUUUGGUGUUGGAUGCGAUUGGUAAAAACAAAAAAAUCAUCGCCAUCAUCGUUGCUGUAGCAGCUGUUGCGUCGUUGGUGUGUGUGAUUAUCUGUGUGUGUGUGUUCGACCACUACUUCAUCCUCGGACAAGGGGCAAAGGUCGGCUACUCUUUCAUCCUCAACAUCAUCGGCGGAAUUCUGACAGCCAUUGGCGGAGUGCUGGUCGCUGUUUCUGUAACAUGACUUUAUAGUUGUGGUUGAACUACAUAACAUUACAAUAUAUAUAGCAAUGUCUAAAUUUUGCAACUUUAUAGUUAUGGCUGAAUUGUAUAUAUCCGGUAU